ACCCAUCACGAUUUGCCGAAUACGUUUUCGAUGUGUUUGACGAGAACAAGAACGGGAAAAUCGAAUUCAAAGAGUUCAUAUGUGCGUUAUCGGUCACAUCUCGGGGAAAAUUAGAUGAGAAAUUAUUAUGGGCAUUUCAACUUUACGAUAUUGACAAUGAUGGGUUUAUAACGCAAGAGGAAAUGUUGCGAAUUGUUGAUGCUAUAUACAAAAUGGUGGGGAGUAUGGUUAAAUUACCUCCCGACGAGGACACACCUGAAAAACGUGUGAACAAAAUAUUUGCCUUAAUGGACACGAAUCAUGAUGGGAGAUUAAGUAUGGAAGAGUUCAAAGAAGGAUCAAAACAAGAUCCCACAAUCGUCCAAGCAUUGAGUUUGUAUGAUGGAUUGGUAUAA